AUGGAGAGGUCAAAGAACAUGGGGCAACAUCAACCAAUGUUUAGUUCAUCUUUUCCGGAAGGCCACCAUGAAAAUACCGUGAAUUAUGCUAGUGAAACAAGCAUUGAAGGAUCGAUCACUGGGAUUAUUGUAGAUGAAAGCCGACGAAAAUAUGCUUGUGGAACUAGAGUCGUGAUACGAACUGCAUGGACGAGAAACAAUCAUGGUCGACAGUUUUAUGGGUGUUCAAACUAUUCGACUAGUGACCAUAGUGAAUGUGGUCACUUUAGCUGGUGUGAAUCAAAACUGUCUAACAGGUCUACAGAUGCAUUGCGCAAAUUGCUUGCUCGUAUUAAGGAAGAUGAGAGGAAAUAUGGAGAGUUGGCAUUGACUUGCAAACGGCUUAUGAUAUUUAUCAUUUUCUUGUCAUUGGUUUUUCUAUGUAUUUUAAUAUUCGUUUAG